CUCUUGUCAGAUCAUCACUCCAUAUCGCGGUCUUCUUUCACAAUGGUUCUCCUCGUUACUUCUGACAAUGAACAGUUUGUCGUUGACAAAGAGGUUGCUGAGCGCAGCGUUCUCAUCAAGAACAUGCUUGAAGAUGUCGGCGAGAGCGACCAGCCCAUCCCGUUGCCCAAUGUCUCCUCGAGUGUGCUAAAGAAGGUCCUGGAGUACUGCGAGCAUCAUCGUGGAGAGCCUCUUCCCACCGCCGAAUCCGAGCAAAGCCAGGAUGAGACCCGCAAGCGGACAACCGAUAUCAGCGAGUGGGAUCAGAAGUUCAUCACUGUCGACCAGGAGAUGCUCUUUGAAAUCAUUCUUGCGGCUAACUAUCUCGACAUCAAGCCUCUUCUUGAUGUAGGAUGCAAAACUGUCGCCAACAUGAUAAAGGGUAAGACACCUGAGGAGAUCCGCAAGCUUUUCAACAUCGUGAACGACUUCACUCCGGAAGAAGAGGCCCAAAUCAAGAAGGAAAACGAAUGGGCGGAGGACCGCUAGGCGCAUGUGGUGUCAAUUUCUCUUCUCGUAGCCUCAUGUCAUCACUUCUCAUGCCAUAUGUUUUGCACGUUCUUCUCUCUCGCUGCUGUACAGUACAUUCGACUUCUAGAACACAGUGAGCAUGCCUUUGCGUCGUGUGCGUCGUAGAGGAUAGCCCUAUUGCAUUAACGCUGUACGUUUUAUGAUCCCGAAUGCAUUGCAUACUACAAUCCUCAUAGCCAUACAUCCUCCGAACGCCACGUCGACGAACUUGCGUCUUAUCGAGUUCGAAUCGAGUCCUCGGUGCACGCGCGUGUUAUGAUGUCCGCGUCACGCGUCACGCCUACACGCCUGCCUCUUCCUCGCUGCGUCCAUGUCUCCAUUGCCUGAGCUGCCCGGCAAGCCAGUCCCCCCCAAAUCUGGUCAAGAACAAUGGCUUCGGCGUACGGUGGCUCGUCUCUGCCAGCUCGAGAACGAACG